AAUAACACAUCAUAUCACCAUGGCCGAUCAAAACCUCAAGUCGCUGCACUCCUUCUUCAAGGAAAACGACACCAAAAUCUCCUCUGGCGGCAAUGUCAAGAGCUUCUCGCAUGACACAGGUUCCGGGCCAAUCCUCUGUAUGGUUCAUGGGUGGCCCGAGUCCAGCUAUAUGUGGAGACAUAUGGUCGCCGACCUGAAAGAUGAAAUCUCACUUUUCGUGCCCGAGCUUCCCGGCUACGGCUUUUCCUCCCUCCCACCAAAGAACGACAAGCGCACUGUCGGCAAGCUCUUGAUCGAAGCCCUCCACUCCGUCUUCGACUCCUCCCGGCCCAUAAUCUGGUGCGGCCACGACCGCGGCGGCCGUAUCGGCCACCGUCUCCUCGUAGACAACGACCCCUCCCACAACAUCAUCUCCGCGAUCCUCAUGGACAUCGUGCCCACGACCGAACAAUGGCGCUCCUUCUCCUCCCCCACCGCAUCGGUAGCCUACGCCCACUGGCCCUUCCUCGCGAUCCCCACCGCUCCCUACCUCAUCGAAACCCUCGGCGGCGGAAUCUACUGCAAAGACAUGAUCGCCCGCGCAAAGGGCUCCAAUCCCACCUUCGCGGCGAAAUUCAAAGAAAACGACGCCAUCGCUCAUUAUUGUCAUCAGUUCAGUGCGCCGGAUUGUAUUGCGGGGAGUUGUGGGGAUUAUGCGGCGGGCGCGACGGUGGAUGUGGAGGAGCAGGAGAAGGAUCAGAGGGAGGGGAGGAAAGUGGGGACGGAGAUGAUGGUGCUGUAUUCGAGGGGGAAUUUGGGGAGGAUGCAUGAUGUGGAGAAGGUGUGGAAGGAUUGGAUUGCCGAGGGAACGGAGGUAAGGUUUGAAGGGUUUGGGGAUGGGUGUGGACAUUAUUUGCCUGAAGAGGACCCCGAGAAGACGACGAAGCUUGUCAAGGAGUGGAUUGCGAGGAGUAAGAAGGCGUGA